GCAGGGGGUGGGUGGCACAUGCGGCAGGCAGGUGUGUUGCUCAACCUCAUGUGGUGCUACCCCCGCAACCUCAUGUGGUGCUACCCCCGCAACCUCAUGUGGUGCUACCCCCGCAACCUCAUGUGGUGCUACCCCCGCAACCUCAUGUGGUGCUACCCCCGCAACCUCAUGUGGUGCUACCCCCGCAACCUCAUGUGGUGCUACCCCCGCAACCUCAUGUGGUGCUACCCCCGCAACCUCAUGUGGUGCUACCCCCGCAACCUCAUGUGGUGCUACCCCCGCAACCUCAUGUGGUGCUACCCCCGCAACCUCAUGUGGUGCUACCCCCGCAACCUCAUGUGGUGCUACCCCCGCAACCUCAUGUGGUGCUACCCCCGCAACCUCAUGUGGUGCUACCCCCGCAACCUCAUGUGGUGCUACCCCCGCAACCUCAUGUGGUGCUACCCCCGCAACCUCAUGUGGUGCUACCCCCGCAACCUCAUGUGGUGCUACCCCCGCAACCUCAUGUGGUGCUACCCCCGCAACCUCAUCUACGUGCAUGUCUGCUCUGCGGGAAGAGGGGGGUUUUGGGGAUGGUAUCAGGUGUUCCCCCUUACCUUCUUCCCACCCUCCCGCCCCUCCCCCAGACAUACACGGGCAGCAUCCUGAUAGCAGCGAACCCCUUCAUGCGCCUGCCAGGCAUCUACGACCGCGACAUGCGCGAUGCCUACCGGGGUCAGCCGCUGGGCGAGCUCAGCCCCCACGUCUUUGCCAUCGCUGACAACGCUUACAGAGCGAUGCGGGAGGAGCGGCGAAGCCAGUCGAUUCUGAUAAGCGGGGAGAGCGGGGCGGGCAAGACGGAGACGACGAAGCUGGUGAUGGAGUACCUGGCGUCCGUGGGGGGGCGCGCUCACAGCGAGGGCGAGAGGAGCAUCGAGAACCAAGUGCUGGAGUCCAAUCCACUGCUGGAGGCGUUUGGGAAUGCCAAGACAGUGCGCAAUGACAACUCCAGUCGCUUUGGCAAGUUCAUCGAGAUCCAGUUUGACGAGCGAGGGCGUGUGUCAGGAGCAGCCAUCCGCUCGUACCUGCUGGAGCGAUCUCGAGUGGUGCAGAUCGCCGACCCCGAGAGGAACUACCACUGCUUCUACCAGCUCUGCGAUGGGGCCUCCCCCGAGGAAGCAGAGCUGCUGAAGCUCCCUCCCGGCCCCAACAGGGCGCAGCACUUCCACUACCUCAACCAGAGCCGCUGCUUCGACCUGCAGGGCAAGUCCAGCAACGCCGAGGAGUAUGGCAAGACCCGCAGUGCCAUGCGCGUCAUUGGCAUCUCCGAGGAAGAGCAGUUAUCAAUCCUGCGGCUGCUAGCAGCGGUGCUGCAUCUGGGCAACGUGGAGUUCAGGGAGAAGGGCGACAAGCUGCGCAUCGCCAAGCACACAGACGCCACCCUCGACACCGUCGCCUCCCUCCUCUCGUGCGACCGCAAGAAGCUGCAGGACUCACUAUGCACGGUGAAGCGCAAGGUGGGGGGGGAGACCAUCAAGAGUGCUCUCGAUGUCAAGGCCGCCACCGUCCGCCGUGACACGCUCGCCAAGACCCUCUACUCCAAGCUCUUUGACUGGAUCGUGCAGAAGGUGAAUCGGUCCAUCGGGCAGGACCCCAGGGCCAUGGCCAUCAUUGGCGUGCUUGAUAUCUACGGCUUCGAGCACUUCAAGAUCAACAGCUUUGAGCAGUUCUGCAUCAAUCUCGCGAACGAGAAACUGCAGCAGCAUUUCAACCAGCACGUGUUGAAGCUGGAGCAGGAGGAGUACGAGAAGGAGCAGAUCAACUGGAGCUACAUCAACUUCCGUGACAACCAGGACGUGCUCGACCUCAUUGAAGGGGACAAGGGCAUCCUCAGCAUCCUCGACUCUGCCUGCCGCCUGGCGCAGUCAACAGCGGAGGGCUUCACGCUGUCGCUGUACGACGCCUUCUUGCGCCACGACCGCUUCUCCAAGUCCAAGGGCUCCGUCACCGACUUCACCAUGGAGCACUACGCCGGGCAGGUGAAGUACAGCACGUUGGAGUUCAUAAGCAAGAACAUGGACGCAGUGGUAUCAGAGCACGAGGUGCUGCUGCAAAAGUCCGCCGACCCAUUCGUCGCCGCCCUCUUCCCACCCGCGCCGCCCGACGACAAGGCCGGCAAGGCCACCAGCAAGUUCGCCUCGCUGGCCCGCUCCUUCAAGCAACAACUGGCGCAACUGAUGGAGACGCUCAACCGCACUGAACCGCACUACAUCCGGUGCAUCAAGCCGAACGCCAAGAGCCGCCCGGGCAUGUUUGAGCGAGCCAUGGUCACGGACCAGCUGCGAUCGGGGGGAGUGCUGGAGGCCAUCCGCAUGUGCUCGGCGGGCUACCCCACUCGCCGCACCUUUGAGGACUUUGUUGACCGCUUCGCUCUGCUGCUGCCCUCGCUGCUCGAGCAGGACAUGUCAGACGUGGAGUAUGUGGAGGCGCUGCUCAAACACGCCAAGCUCGAGAACUACCAGAUCGGGCAGACCAAGGUGUUCCUGAGGGCGGGGCAGAUGGCGCUGCUGCAGACCAUGCGCCUGGACGCCAUGAACGAAGCUGCCAGGAAGAUUCAGCGCGCCACGCGGCACUUCCUCUUCACCCGCCACCGCAGGCGCGCCGCCCUGCUCAUCCAGACACACUGGCGAGGCCACUGUGCGCGCGCGUCAUACCAGCAGCUGCGGAGGGACGUGGCGGCGACAACCAUCCAGGCGGCAGAGAGGGGGCGGCAGCAGCGCCUGCGCUUCCUGCACCUGCGCCACGCGGCCCUGGUGGUGCAGGCCGCUGUGCGCAUGCACCUCUGCCGCACCGCCUAUGUCAACACCCGGCGCCGCCUCGCUGCUACGCGCAUCCAGAGCACGUGGCGAGGGUACAUUCACAGGCGGCCGUGGAGGGCGCUCAAGCACAUGCUGGCGGGUAGAGUGGCGCGCCUCAGACUGCACAACCUCAAGCUGGAGGCGAGUCGGCAGGCGGAGUUGGCGCCGCCACGCAAGAAGACGGAUGUGGCGAUUGAGACCAUCCGCAUGAUGACACUCAGAGUGAUGCGGCCAGGCCUUGCCUUUCACUCCUUGUCACCUACCUUCCUGCCCCUCGCCGCACCAAUUCCUUGUCUCUCCCGCACUACCCAUAUUCACCGUCUUCCUCCCUUUGCUCCCACAUCCAUCUCUGCACUGCUCGCCCGCCUCAUUAAAAUCCCUCUUCCCCCUUCUCAGGAAAAGGCCGAAAAAAGCCGUGCAAACUCGGAGCACCAGCUGGCAGAGGUCCGUGCUGAGCUGGAGCGGACCAAGAAGGAGCUGGCGGGCAAGGCGCGUGAGGUGGCGCGGCUGCUGGGGCAGCUGGAGCAGGAGCAGCAGCGGGCGGAGCAGGCAGAGGAGCGGUUGGAGGAGAUGCUGAGGGAGCAGGACAGGGAGCGGGCGGAGGGGCGCGAGCGAGUGCUGCACGUGGCAUCUGUGGCCUCUCAUAAAGCAGCAGGCGGAGGAGGAGGAGGAGGGGCGCUCAGCAGCCUUCCUUCCUUCGGUGGGUCAGGCUUCUCCUCGUCCUCCUCCUCGCCCUCUGCUGCUGCAGCUGCCGUGGCUGCGCUGGCAGGGGGUGCGUUGGGAGUGGUGGUGGACAAGCAUUUGGCGUCGCAGCAGAGUGGGGGGAGGGCGGGGGCGCCAGGGGGCAAUCUGGGGGUGCCAGAGGGGUCCAGGAUCCUCGCCAGGAUGGCGUCGAGAAGACACCCCUCGCCGCACACACCUGCCAAUCACCCCACGUGGGAGGAAACCGCUGCUGCUACUGCUGCUGGCGGUGCUGCGGGUGGUGCUGCGAGUGCUGCUCUCACCAGCUCCCCGUCCUUCUCCUCCUCCUCCAGUCGCUCCUCACCCGUCCCUCCCCUGCCUCCCUCCUCCAUAGCGUCCCCCCCUGGCAGCAGCGGGGGCGGCAUGGCGGCUGCAGCCGCGGCAGCGGUGGCAGCGAUGGAGAGAGCGGAAGGCGCAGCAGCAGCAGCGGCAGGCGGGGAGGGCACGCACGACGGCGCCCACAGGGGCCAUGGCGGCGCGGCGGACGCCCAGCACCUGCCGUGCAUUCAAGAGUCGGCGUCACGCGAGGAGGGCGAGGAGAAGAAGGUGGUUGCAGUCAGCAGAACCAGCAGCGGCGGCAGCGGCACCGGGGAGUUUGGUGGCAGCAGCGGGGGGUUGAGGCAAGUGCGGUUCCCGUCCAUGGAACCAGAGGAGAGCGAGGCAGAGUACACGCGUGCCAGCACGCUGCCUGUGGGGAGGAGCAUGCUGCGCCAGCAGUCCAUGGGGAAGGCCCUCAAACCCGCUGCUAACGCUGAUGCUGCUGGGGCCUCUGGCGGCGCGCCCGACGGUGCGGAUGCACGGCUGGCGAGGAUCCGACGGCUGCAGUCGUCCAACCCGCGGAUGGGUGGAGCAGCAGGAGGGGAGGGUGGUGGCGGGCCGGGUGUGCCGCGGCCGCUGGUGUCGGCCAAGUCGCUCACCCGCGAGGAGGCCGUGCGCAUGCUGGCGAGUGCUCAGCGAGAUGCGGAGGAGGCUCAGAAGGUGAGGGGGGUGAGGGGGGCGUACAAGCUCAAGGAGGAGAGGCGGCAGCUGCAGCUGCUGUACCGGGAGUCAGUGGCGGCAGCAGAGACGGCACUGGCGGCGGCAGCGGAGGAGCGCGGGCGGGUGGGUGAGUUGCAGAGGACAGUGGAGGGGAAGGACGAGGAGAUCCGAGAGCUCACCGAGAAGAACCAGGAGCUGCAGCUCGCGCUCACCCUCAAGGCGAGGGAGGUGCGCACACUCAGCCAGCGGCUGCUGGCGUCGCAGGCAGCCAGCGACACGGAGGAGCUGCCCAUCGAUAAGCAGCAGGAGCUGCUGCUGUCGGAGGUGGCGAGCAGCCGCUUCCCGUUCGGCCCCGAGGGGCAGCCGGUGGCGGCGUGCAUGGUGUACCGCGCUCUGCUCCAGUGGGGGGCGCUGGAGGCGGAGAGGACCAACACGUUCGACCGCAUUGUGGAGGCCUUCCAGCGCGGCUCCAACGACCACCUGCUGCCCGCACAGGCCUACUGGCUCACCAACCACGUCGUACUCUACUACCUCGUGCAGGUGGUGUACCAGCCGCCAGUGGAGCAGCCCGCCCAGGAGAGCUUCUCCUUCUCCUUCUUCGGCAUGGCCUCCCGCCCCGCCGCUCCUCCCAAGGCAGCGGUGGAGCACGUGGACGUGAUGCUGUUCAAGCAGCAGCUGGCCACGGGCACGGAGCGCCUCUUCGUCACCAUCAGGGACGCCGCCAAGGCGGAGCUCGCCAAGCACUUUGCACUGCCCUCACAGGAAUCUCAGGACGCGGCAGCGGAAGCAGAGGGCGACCAAGCAGCCGGUGACGCAGCGGCAGGGAAGGGCGGCAAGGCGGGCGGCGGAGGGGGGAGGCGGCUGGCGCGGGGGAGGGCGAGGGGAGGGGGGCGGUCGGGGGCAGCGAUGGUGCGGAAGCACGUGGUGAACUACUGGGCGAACGUGGUGGUCACUCUCAAGCAGGUGAACUACUGGGCGAACGUGGUGGUCACUCUCAAGCAGGUGAACUACUGGGCGAACGUGGUGGUCACUCUCAAGCAGGUGAACUACUGGGCGAACGUGGUGGUCACUCUCAAGCAGGUGAACUACUGGGCGAACGUGGUGGUCACUCUCAAGCAGGUGAACUACUGGGCGAACGUGGUGGUCACUCUCAAGCAGGUGAACUACUGGGCGAACGUGGUGGUCACUCUCAAGCAGGUGAACUACUGGGCGAACGUGGUGGUCACUCUCAAGCAGGUGAACUACUGGGCGAACGUGGUGGUCACUCUCAAGCAGGUGAACUACUGGGCGAACGUGGUGGUCACUCUCAAGCAGGUGAACUACUGGGCGAACGUGGUGGUCACUCUCAAGCAGGUGACGGCCACGCUGGCAGCGAACCACGUGCCAGCGGUGGUGGUGGAUGCGCUGCUGAGGCAGCUGCUCUUCUUCGUCAACGUCAAGAUCGUCAACGGGCUGAUGGUGCGCGCGCAGUGGUGUCCGUGCACGUACAGCAACGGGGAGCUGAUGGAGGAGGGGGUGGGGCGGCUGGAGCAGUGGGUGCACGACGUGGAGGUGCAGCUCAGGGACGCCAUGGGCGCCACCAAGGAGCCCCUCAAGCGCGAGCUCAGACACAUCCGCCAAGCCAUCUACUUCCUCACGCUGGACCACAAGCCGCGGCGGUCGCUGGAGGAGAUAGAGGAGCUGUGUCCGGACCUGACGCUGAACCAGCUGGUGCACAUGUGCAUCUGGUACGAGGACGACGCGUACGGCACCAAGGGCGUCGACCCCUCCGUCACCGAGCGCAUGUGGGCGCUCAUGGUGGACGACUGCCCCAUGCUGCUCCGCGACGACGAGAGCAUCCCGUUCACGGUGGACGACAUAGCCCUCGCCAUCCCCGCCAUGCACAUCGACGACUUGGACCCGCCGCCCGAGCUCCAGCAGGACCCCGCCUUCCACUUCCUCCUGCCCUACACCGCCGCCGCCCCUCACACCGGCACUCCUCCUCUCCCCUCCACACCCUCCAUGCCCGCCCUUGCCACCUCCUCCGACCGCUCCAUCCACCUGCCGGUGCGCUCCGCCUCUGCCGCUGGCGACUACAGCUCCCCCGUCACCACACCCCGUGCCACCACCCCCACCCCCGCACCCGAGGCAUCAUCGUUCAGCGCCUGGGACCUGCUCAGGGGGGGCGCGUGGCGGCGCGCUGCACAGCAAGAAUGA